CUAAGUUUAGCGUUACAAGCCCCCGCCUCCUCCCCCCCUCCCCCCACUUUUGUCUUUAAAUUCUAAAUCUUGAGCAUUUACUGGUAAACCACCUGUGGCACGCGUGAAGCAUACACGGGAAUGAUGGCUGACGCCGCCAAGGUGGCCCUCCGGAAUGGCGCCGCCGUCCCCGAACCCACCUCGGAGGUGAAGAUGGAGGAAAGGGGCCAGUGGAGCAACAAGGUGGAAUUCAUCCUGUCCGUCGCCGGAUCCAUCAUCGGUCUGGGGAACAUGUGGCGCUUCCCGUACCUCUGCUAUAAGAACGGAGGAGGUGCCUUCCUCAUCCCGUACCUCAUCUUCCUUUUUGCCUGCGGAGUUCCCGUCUUCUUCCUGGAGACGGCCCUCGGUCAGUUCACCAGUCAGGGAGGAGUGACGUGCUGGAGAAAAAUCAGCCCUUUGUUUGAAGGUCUUGGCUAUGGCACACAAGUGAUAGUGACCCUGCUGAACUUCUACUACAUCAUCGUCCUGGCUUGGGGGAUGUUCUAUCUAUCUUUCUCCUUCUCCUGGGAUCUACCUUGGUCUUCCUGCAACAACUCAUGGAACACAGAAAACUGCGUGGAGUUCCAGAGGAGAAACACCUCCGUCAACCAAACCAUCUCCUUCAAUGCCACAUCUCCGGUCAUGGAGUUUUGGGAGAGACGAGCGCUGAGGAUCUCGCCCGGCAUCGACCACAUGGGCUCGCUCAACUGGGAUCUGGUCCUGUGUCUGUUCAUCGCCUGGGUCAUGUGCUACUUCUGCAUCUGGAAGGGGGUUAAAUCCACAGGAAAAGUGGUCUACUUCACUGCAACCUUCCCCUAUCUGAUGCUGAUCGUGCUUCUGGUGAGGGGACUCACUCUACCUGGUGCAGGGAUUGGGAUUCAGUUUUACCUUUACCCUGAUUUGGGACGUCUGGGAGACCCACAGGUAUGGAUGGAUGCUGGGACCCAAAUCUUUUUUUCCUAUGCGAUCUGCUUAGGCUCUUUGACAGCACUAGGCAGCUAUAACAAAUACAAUAACAACUGCUACAGGGAUUGCCUGGCGUUGUGCUUUCUGAACAGCGGCACCAGUUUUGUGGCCGGAUUUGCCAUCUUUUCCAUUUUGGGCUUCAUGUCUUACGAGCAGAACGUUCCCAUCUCGGAGGUGGCGGAAUCCGGUCCCGGUUUAGCUUUCAUUGCUUACCCACGCGCCGUGACCAUGAUGCCCUUCUCCCCCCUUUGGGCCGCCCUCUUCUUCAUCAUGAUUGUUUUUCUUGGGCUGGACAGUCAGUUUGUAUGCGUGGAAAGCCUCGUGACCGCCAUCGUCGACAUGUACCCCGCCACCUUCCGCCGGAAAAACCGCCGGGAGCUCUUCCUCCUCCUUGUGGUCUUCCUCUCCUUCUUGGUGGGCCUUAUCAUGCUCAUGGAGGGUGGCAUGUACGUCUUCCAGCUUUUUGAUUACUACGCCGCUAGUGGCAUGUGUCUUCUCUUCAUGGGCCUCUUUGAGACCGUCUGCAUUGCAUGGGUCUACGGUGCUGAUCGCUUUUAUGACAACAUUGAAGACAUGAUUGGCUACCGUCCAGGACCUUACAUCAAGUACUGCUGGAUGUUCUUCACCCCAGCCACGUGUAUUAGUACUUUUGCCUUCUCUCUCAUUAAAUACACACCCUUAAAAUACAACAAUGAGUAUGUGUAUCCGUGGUGGGGCUACGUGAUUGGCUGGCUGCUGGCUCUCUCCUCCAUGGUCUGCAUCCCCCUGUGGAUGGCCUAUAAGAUCAUCACCACUCAGGGAACGUUCAGGGAGCGCAUCCGGCUGCUCAUCACACCAUCUGAGGACUUGCCCAAAACCAAGAGAGAGCAAGAGAGGUUGCUGGCCAUUUUUGCCCCUGAGGAAGACACCGGUAGGAAUAAAAAUAACUACCAUCCUGUGUCGGAGCAAGAUUCAAACUUAUGAGCUACGCAGGUGGAUUUUGGUUCAAUUUUAAGAGCUGAAUAGAAUUAAAGACAUAUAAAUCAUUAAUAGCUUGCUUGUGGAUGCAGCCAACUCUUAAUUCCAAUUACUGUGCAUAGCCCCAAAGCCCUGUUUGUAUUAUAAUAUAUCAUCAUAAGUGAUUUGGUAUUUGUAUUUCUAAGUUUUAUUUUGCAAUGUCAACAAGAUUUCUGUGCUCACUGUUGUAGAACUAAUGUCACUGUAGUCUUUUAUUUUAUACUGUAACAAAUUGUCUGUACAAAGAAAAUUUCAAGUCUCUUUUUAAAUAAAAUCCUCGGUGGAUGUAUCUA